UUUUUUUAAUCCCACAAGGUAGAAAGGCCCCUUAAGGGGGCUAGUUUCUGGGAACGACACUUGCAUCAUCGUACACUCUGGUCCCUCGAGUUUCUUGGGCUCUCUGUGUCCAUCGUUUAUCGAACUGUUGGACGUACGUUCGAGGGGGUGGCUUAUCGUCCGGCGCUAUUCGAUCGAAGGGAGGCAAAUAGGCGUCGACGAUAAUUAAAUCGGCGAAACCGCGACCGUCGAUUUCCGCGGCCGACGUGCAGAUUGCUCGCGACCAUCCCGCGGGGGAACGAGAAAAUCCGAUGUCGCAGCUCCGACGCGAUAGCUUGUUUCCACAACUCGUUGUUUUCCCCGCGAUUGAAACCAAUGUUUUGAACUCGGUUUCCUUCAUCCCCCUACGCCCCCCUCUACCGAUUCUCUAGCGCCAAAUUGUUCUCUCCGGAAGGUACAGCGAAUAUUCGUUGCCCUUUUGUCUCUCGCAACAUUCCAUCAUCGUGUGCGGAAUAUUCGACGGAACGGAAAAUUAGAGAAUCCACCCGUUUGAUAUCGCGCGUCGUUCCAGUAAAAUUAAUACACUGGAAUCGGAAAUUUCAUUCGGGAAUAACGAAUAAAUAUUUUGUAUUAGGCUUCUCUGGCCUGGCUAUCGAUUUAAAAAAAAUGCGUCAGAGGGUUUCCUCUUUCUUAGGUAAAUUAUGUUUCCGCCCCAGUUGUCCGGGGGGGGAUACCCUGUAUAUAAAAUCGAUCAACGAAUUGGAAACGUCGAACGGGGCAGCGGGCGACGAUAUCGAGUCCGAAAGAUUCUAAAGAACUGUUCCUUUUUUAUUUAAUUGUAACAUGGCGGAUAUUAAAUGCUCGACGAUUCUUCGGGGAUUAUAUUUGAGAAACGAGACUUAAUAAAAAAAGUUUAUACGAAACUUACGAGACUGAAAAGUUCGCCCAAAGUUUACGGGAGACGUUCCACGAUUCUGACGCGUUGAAACAGAGAAAUUGUCAGAAUUUCGUAGCUUUGCUCGAAGCUUGCCCUCCGAAUAAUCGGUUCGUUUCACCCGUACUCGCAACGUUAUCUCGUAUUUAAAUCGAAUAGUUGAAACGAUCGAUCCGUUUACUGUCCACGAUACGCAGGUCGCGUGUCCUCGACGCUUGGUAAACGUUGUUCGAGGUUAAUCGAGAUCCAGCGAUCGCGUUUCGAGCCGACUAGGGCAACAGGUUGGAAAGAUCGCGAUGGGACAAACGAGUCGCCUAAAAAUGCGCGAACGCGAUUAGGCGAACGUGUCAGCCGAACAUCGAGUGCACAGAGAUUCGUAUUCGUGGCCAUUUUGUUGUUUCGUGUUGUUCGCUGGGCCACUGCGGCCGAAGAGAAGAUGGCGGAGGAAGAGAGACACGCGGAACCGGAAGCCACGGAAUCCAAGGAAUCCAAGGAACGACAGGCCCCCCUCUACCCUAUCACGGUGGAGAAGAAGAAGUGCGGCAACGAGACGGCCUCCAGCGAGAAAAUGGACGACAAGGACGCGGGGAUCGGUACCGGCGAGAAAAGAGCGCCGGGAACGGGCGGCCAAGCCCAGAGAAUACAGCAGAGCCUCCAAUCGGUGCCGCAGCUGCAACCUGCAGACACGCAAGCCGACAGAAGAGUCGAGGCCAGCGCGGACACCGCCUCCGACUCGUUCAGCAAUCAAAGGGUUUACAAAAAGUCGUCGCCGAACAACAAGCUCACCCUGUAUCUGGCGAGCAGAGACCUGAUCGUCAGCGAGUCGAAGAUCGACAAACUUCAAGGCGUGCUGUUGGUCGACCCGGACUACUUGCAAGACAAACGGGUGUACGGGCAAAUUACGUUGACUUUUCGCUACGGGAGGGAGGACGAGGAAGUAAUGGGUUUGAAAUUCUGUAACGAGGCGGUCAUGUGUCUGGCGCAAUUGUAUCCGCCGUACUCCGGGACCGAUCACCAGGAAACUACGCUCCUGCAGGACGCGCUGGUGAAGAGGCUAGGCCCCAACGCCCACGCAUUUACUAUGGAAAUCACACCGUUGGCACCCCCCUCGGUGCAGUUGGUGCCUGCGAAGGAGUACAACGGAGCACCGAUAGGAACGAGCUACGACGUCAGAGCUUACGUCGCUGAACGAGCUGAUGAGAAACUCCAUCGGAAAACGACGGUCAGGAUGGGCAUUAGGGUGAUACAACGGACCACGAGGCCACCUCUGCCAGCCACCACUGUGUACAGCGUGCCCGUGACCACGACUUCCUCCGCGGGGUCCAGGACCCAACCGUGUCAAGCCAGGGUCACGUUCGCGGAGAACGAGAUCGCGGAAGACGAGGAAAACAUGGGACCACACGCUGCAGUGGAGAAACCGUUUCUAUUGAGCGACGGUCGCGUGGGGUUGGAAGGAAGGCUGGAUCGGGCAGUUUACGGCCACGGUGACUCCAUUACGGUUCACGUCGGUGUCAACAACAAUAGCAGUAAAUCUGUUAGGAGAAUCAAGGUGUUCAUCGUGCAACACGUGGACGUCUGCAUGUUCAGCAACGGGAAAUUCAAAAACGUCGUGGCUCUGCUGUCUUCGCAGGAGGGCUGCCCGGUGGGGCCCGGGGCAUCGAUGAGAAGAAGCUACACCCUCCGACCCGUGAAGGGUUCGACCAAAAAUUGGAUCGCUUUAGAGGACAGUUAUGCGAAAGCAGGUGCCACUCUGGCCUCGACGGUGAUCUGUCCUGGAAACGGGCCAGAGGACAGAAACGUUUUCGCGAUAUACGUCUCGUACUACGUGAAGGUGAAGUUGUUAAUCUCGGCGAUGGGAGGGGAAGUGUCCCUGAAAUUGCCGUUCACGUUGAUGCAUAGUAAUACGGACCCAGAUCUCGUUGGCUUUCCGUCCCCGAUCAGAGAGACGGCGAAACUGUCGGGGAAAAUGGCCGACGAGAUCACGGACACCUUGGAGAGAGCAGACGACAACGGGCACAGAUACAAGACCAGCAAACUGGAACCCAUUAAAGAGAAAUCGAAGGAGUCGAGGGACAUCGACGUGGAUCUGAUAGAGCACUGCGAGGAGGUCGACAGUACCUGAGGGCAGGUGCAAACAACGGAAGUGACGCGAUCGUCAACGAGAAACAACAGUGGCGCGAGAAACGUGAAGAACUCGCACCACAAGAAUUGCAAACUGGGCUUUAAUAUUCAGAGAGCUUGGUGCUGUUUCAGAAGGGCAUCUUAGUAAAGGAAAAGAAAUAUUCCCGACGAGCUUUCUAUGCAGACUGGAAAGAAGACGAGGAGGAUCUUUGACCGAGAAGCUACACGGAAGCGUUUAAGAGGAUUCGGUUAGAUAGCGUCGCCUUUGCUAUUGACGAGAACGACGAAUGGCAACGUUUCGUUCGUGAGCCUUUUGAACGUGAAAACUUUUUAUCAAUAAAUUUUAAAAGUCAAGAUCUACGUAUCGUUUUCUCCUCUUCUAUCGAUAAAAUGUAUUCCUGCGUCGCAAGAGAACAGGAAGCAGGAUACUUCGAGCGUAUAUUCUUUAUAAAUUGAAUAUUUAUAAGCACGACGCCGACAAACGAUUCCAUUUUUGCCGAUAAAAGUGCACUAUAGACUUCGUGCGGUUCCUACACACGAUAUUUCUAAGAUGAAAGUCAUACUGCCCUCCUAACUAUUCGCGUAACCCGAAAUCAUGUCGCUGUAAAAUGUACUCAUCCAAACACACGCAUUUACGAGUCAAUUGUAAACCCCCGAUCGACGAAAGAAAUGAUCUCAAAUCUAUUUUUUUAGGCAACAAAACGCGUUAUGUUACCGGGGCUUAAUAUUUAUUUGCUUUGAAAAUGAAUGUUCGGUGUAAUUGAAAUAAAUAAUACUUAAGUCACUGUUCCUCCUAAGAUAAGAUAGUCCAGCCUAAACAAUGUACUUCCGUUGUACAUGGCAAGCACAUUGAUAUGUAAAGCUGUACAGACUGUAUCUUUAUCAUUGUAAAUAGUAAAUUACUCGCAUACGGCUGUGUAAGAGUAUGCAUGGAACUAUUGCCUAAUGUUAUUAUACAGCUUUUAAAUAAUUUAUGAUUAAACAACAUUUUUGUGUAAAAUACGCGUGUAAUUGUGAUUUUCAUUAUUCGACUAGAGGGAACAUGCAAACAAAUAUGUAAUUUAUAUCGGACUAAUUUGUAUUAAACUGAGGCAUCCUUGAAUAUGUGGGCCAAACAAAUACAAUGCUGUGUAUAGAAAAUAAA